AUGAAUAAAAGUGUGCAAUGGACGGGUGGAAUUGAAGAAGAGUAUGAAACACAACAUUUUGGAUUUGGGGCUCAAAGAUUAAAAAUUGCUAUACGUCAAAUGGUUGAGCAGAAAAUACGGACUGGCAUAAAGGAUAUGGAGUUAUAUCUUCAGCAAUCUUUAGAUUUAAAUGACAAAGAUAAAUUAACAGUAACACGUUCUUGUGAUAAACUUAUAAAUUUAUAUUUUGAAAGGGCUGGCCCUUCAUUGGAAGCAGUAGAUUGCGAAAUUGAGCGUAUACUUGACAUACCUGAGAAUGUGCUGUUACCUGAAGAUGAAGUACAAUUAGAGCAGAUUUCAGACAAAGAAUAUGAUAAGUUAAGAGAAGAUGUAGCAUCGUUAAGAAAACGAGUAGAACGUGGGGCUUUAAUGGAAGCUUUAUUGACUGCAGAAGAAGAAGAAUUGUCUUCUGCUGAAAAGAUAUGUGAAAUUGCAAUCAAGGAUAUGGAGGUAUUAGAUAUGUUACAGAAAAGCGUAAAACAUAGUGAGCAGAUUAAAACUAUCCCUAGUGAAGUUGAAUUUUUACGUGCCAGUAUACCAGUUACUAAUAAUUAUGAUCAUUUUGAUAUAACUGAAGAC